AUGCGUUAUACAUUGGACUUUGGGAAUAUUUGUUGUUACAGGGGGGUUGGUCUUUUGUUCAGAGUCAUUGUGAGUGACCCUAAGGCUAUCAAGCACAUCCUUGUCAGCAAACCAUAUAGUUUUCCUAAAAUGCCGCUUGACUUGUUCUUGAUCAGGCGCGCCAUCGGAGAUGGCCUGCUUGUCGCGGAAGGAAAUCAGCAUGUUCGGCAGAGAAAACUCAUCAGCGAGGCAUUUCACUUUGAUGCCAUAUCUCAGAUUCAUCCUAUCUUUGUACAAGCCACAGAAAAGCUGCUGCGCAAAUGGGAGAGGCUAUGUUCGACAAGGCAAGAGCCAGUGAUAGAUGCACGAGAAGAGUUCUCUUUUAUCACGUUGGAUGUCAUAGGAUUAUCGGCAUUCGGAUUCGAUUUCAAAGCCGUGGAGGGGGACUAUUCCGAGAUCAGGGAGGCGUUCAGAAACAUCAUCCCUUUGGCGGGGGUCAGUCUAAUCUACGUAAUCUUGAAGUUUUUCCCAUUCGUAGAAUAUUUACCCCUCCCAGACAACAUGAUUCGGAACUCCGCAGUGAAGACAAUUCAAAAUGCAGUGAAGCAGGUAAUUGACGAAAGGCUGCACCUGAUCGAGAAGGGACAGAAAGUUCCGAAGGACCUCCUGAGUCUCCUCCUGAACACGAGGCAGAGCGCGAGUGAGAAGGAGCGACUGACGGACCAGGAGAUCAUGAACAACGUACAGACCUUCAUGGUGGCCGGGCAUGAAACAACAGCCAAUGUUCUUUGCUGGACAUUCUAUCUGCUUUCUGAGAACCCUGAAUUCUGUAAGCGGCUACGAUCCGAGGUGUGGGAAAAGUUGCAGGGGAAGGCGCCUACUAUGAGACAGUUACAAGAUAAAGAGCUGCCGCUGCUCUCUGCCACCUGCAGAGAAAGCAUGAGGUUGUAUCCGGCAGCUCCAAUCAUUUCCAGGUACUGCAAGGAGGACACGGUUCUAGGGGGCUACUUUGUGCCUUCUGGCACCAGCGUUCUACUAUCUCCCUGGGUCCUCGGAAGACACCCUGACCUUUGGGAAAGGCCCAAUGACUUCUGGCCAGAGCGAUGGCUGGACAACAGCCCAAGGGGUGUUUCAGAGGACAAUCCUUUCAAGUGGCUUGCCUUCCUAGCCGGUCCCAGACAGUGUGUAGGACGGGGCUUUGCGGAGAAGGAGCUCAUGGUGACCAUCGCCCUGAUCCUACAGAACUUUGACCUCAAGGUUGACCCAUCUUGCGAGCCAGUGACGCCGGUGCAUCAGAUCACGUUGCGCCCUUCAUCGCUGAAGAUGAGAUUGACCAAGAUCACGGGCCCUUUCUGA